UAGUACAAGUGCAAUAUUUUGUAGAAUUCAAUUAGUUUGAAAUUUUGUCUUUUAAAGAAAAUUCUGAUUUGUUUACAAAUUUAAUGCUGUUCGAUAAUGAAAUUUCGUAUGAGAGCAAGUGAUUACAGCCGAGAUACCAGCAGUGAGGAAGACUUUCAAAUAAAAUAUCGGCAGAUGUUGGAAACUUCAAAAACCGAGAAAGGCGAUAACUUCAUAACGCGAUCUGCAUCAUCCGGUUACUGGUUAAGUGCUUUAAUACCUUUAGCGUUCGCUAGCGCAUUUUCUUCUAGUCUUUUUGCAACACACCAACCGCAAUGUGAUUUACCUCAAACCUAUAACCUUUUAACUGUAUUAGCUGUAGGAAUGUUUUUGGAGUCCUUAUGUUUCUUUAUCUACCUCAACAAGAAGACGGAGAAUUGGCAUCGUUCAUGGAAAAUAAUCUUAGCUUUGAUACCAAUUCCAUUAACUACUUGCAUGGUUAGAUUUAUUGCCUUGACAACUUGGCCAUACGCUUGGUGUUUAAGUACAGUAGUGAUAUUUAUCUAUCAAACAGUCUACGUCAAGAUAUUACUUGGUUUUCCGUCAACUUUUACUUUCGGGGAAGCCUGCAUUCUGGUGCAAAGCUUAAUUUUGUUUUUGCUUAACACAUUUAUUAAGCUAUGCGAUAUAAUAUUUAAAGGACAGACGGUGAUAACAAGGGAUUUUGAUAAAUUAAAUCUAAUUGUUAUGACUACCUUGUUAUGGUUGAGCGUAAUAUGUCUGCUGCUUUCCAUUUGCUCUUGGUUGCGUCACGCUUUUUGUGUGUACGGUUUAAUCAGCGCACUGGCUAUAAGUGCCACUUGUUUGCCCUUAGCGAAUGCAUCCUUACCUAUUAUUAUUGUUUGGAAAUUUAUGUUCAAGGAUAUUAUGAGACUGUAUAUUACACUUUUCUAUGCUGUGCUAUCGUGUGCGGCAGUUUGUGCUGUGGCUUGGCAAUUACGUAGAGGCCAAAUGGCCUCCACAUCAGUAAGAAAAAUUUUUCAUGUGCUGCUGGUCCUCGUUUAUAUGCCGGGAAUUUUAUAUCAAUGCACUUUACUAUAUGUGGCAAUCGGCGCAGCUUUAGCCUUGAUGGUGAUAAUUGAAGUUUUGCGCUUAUUGUGCAUACCUCCGUUGGGAGAAGUGCUGAGAAAUGCUUUUAAGUGCUUUGCUGAUGAAAAAGAUUCGGGUGUAAUAGCUUUAACACCGUUUUGUCUAUUAAUUGGCUGUUCUUUACCUCUUUGGUUAAAGCCGUGCCCUUGUGUGAUUACCAAUACUCAAUUCAAUAUACAACUUUUACCCCUAAUGGCUGGCGUUUUAACUAUAGGCUUUGGUGAUACAGCGGCGAGUAUAUUUGGUUCGAAAUAUGGCCGCAUUAAAUGGCGGAAUGGUUCACGUACCCUGGAAGGUUCUUUGGCUUAUAUUGUGGCCACGUUUAUACCAAUUCUUAUUCUAAAUGCUUUAUCUUUUAUUAGUUUAAGUGUAGUACAAUGGCUUGUAGUCGCAGUAGCCGUAAUCGUUAGUGCUUUAGUUGAAGCGCAUACCGAUCAAAUUGAUAAUUUAGUAUUACCUUUAAUUUUCUAUAGCGUUGUAAAUUUUAUAGGUUGAAAAUUGAUGUGAUUAUUGAAAAGCGUUCCAUUUCGUAAACAUGCAUUUUUAGACUGUGCAAUUUUAAAUCAUUCAAUAUUUUUUUUAUUUAUUAUAAAAAC